UUCUGUGCUUUGCUUAUGGCGGUUGUGGAUAGUGUCGUGAGGCGUGAACGUGAAAGUGAAAGAAAAAAAGUCAGAAAAGCUCGAUUUAUAGUGCGACAGCAAAGAGCACAUUUUAUACAACUUUUUGAUUUUUGCAAUUCAAAAAUUAUUACGUGUGGUCCAGUUCCAGUCUGUCCGUGACAUCAUUAUUAAAUACUUAUUAUACCUUCUAGGGAAAUGUAUUUAUAAUUAGUGACUGACAGUAGUUUGUUUUUGUUAUUAAUUUACCAUGGGUUGUUGCGAUUCAAAAGAAGAAAACAAGCAGGAACAUGAGGAAAUCGCCGAAAGAAAAUGCACCGACGUUUUUUGGUUGUGUUUAUAUAUCCUAUUUUGGUUCUUGAUGAUAAUUAUCGCUGCCUUUUCAUUUGUUUACGGAAAUCCUCUUAGGAUAAUCAAUGGAUAUGACUCGUUUGGCAAUACUUGCGGAACCAAGAACAAAGCUAUCAAUGAUAUGCCUUUGACAGGGCUCGAUACUACAGAUAAACCCUUUCUGUUGUUUUAUGACGUAAAGGAAUUAAAUCAGUCUCUAAAAAUAUGCGUGAAAGAAUGUCCAAACAGGGAAUUAAACACACCGCAAGAUUUAAAUUCGUUUCAUAAACAAGGAAAAGAUUUGUGCAGAUAUGAUUUUAAUUACAACGAAUUGACUGGAUUUAAAGCGGCUUCUUUGAGCGGUUCUUUCGGCCCUUGUCCUGUUUUGCCAGUUUAUGAAAGUAUUCCAGUAUUAAAUAGAUGCAUUCCGAAACCAAUUACUCAACUUACCAAAGAUGCUAUCAAAAACUUUUACAUCCUUUUUAACAGUUGGAAUGUAGUCGAACAAGUUUUAGGAGAUUUGUACAGCACUUGGAAAGAAAUUUUAGGAUUAACAUUUUUAUCUUUAAUUAUUUCGCUUAUCACAAUUAGCAUUUUACAUUGCUUGGCACAUUUGGUAUCCUAUAUCGUAAUGAUAGGCUUUACUAUAGCUAGCAUAGGAGGCACGAGUUACUUAUGGUAUACUUAUUUUGACCUUAAAUAUAAUUUGGAUAAAACUAAGGAUUACAUGGUUCUCACUGAAUCAGUUCGAAACGAAACUGCCUUUCUCUAUUACUCUAUUAUUGCAACUGUCAUUACAGUAAUAAUUUUAUUAAUAAUAAUUUUUAUGAGAAAACAAAUCGAUUUUUUGGCCGAUUUAUUCCAAGAGACUUCCAAGUGCGUGAUGCAUCUGCCUCAACUGUUCCUUCAGCCCAUAUUGACAUUUAUAAUACUGGUGUUAUUCUAUAUGUUUUGGAUAUUUGUAGUGUUGUGUUUAGCAACGGCUUCGUAUCCAGAAAAACAAAAAAUGAGUCCUGCCAUUAACUCCAGUAAUGUUUUAACAAUCACAUCUCCUACACAAGGUAGCCAGAGGGACAUGAAUUUGGAAUCUUUUGCUGACAAAGUGAAAAUCAACGUGGUUGAAUAUGUAGACGCAUCUUGGAUCAGAGGCAUGUGGUGGGUAUACUUCAUCGGACUAAUUUGGACGUCGGAAUUUAUUAUGGCGUGUCAACAAAUGGUGAUAGCCGGAUCGGUGGCGCAUUGGUUUUACCGGCACAAAUACAAAGAUAACGCACAUUGUUGCUACGCCACGGGAAAAUUAGUCAAAUACCAUCUCGGAUCCGUGGCGCUCGGUUCUUUGAUUAUUACCGUCUUCAAAGUGCCCAGAUUGAUAUUGACGUAUCUUCACGAAAAAUGGAGCCGAGAUAAAAACAAAGGAAACGAAUGCAUUUCUUGUGGAUUGAAAUGUUGUAUUUGCUGUUUUUACUGUUUGGAAAAAUUUAUUCGCUAUUUGAAUCACAAUGCGUAUACUGUUAUCGCUAUAGACGGCUCCCAUUUCUGCAAAGCUGCUGGAACGGCUUUUGAAGUACUAACGACACACGCUCUGCAAGUCGCAACGAUAAACAGUUUAGGAGACUUUAUAUUGUUUUUGGGAAAAUGUCUCGUGACUGCGGUUACUGGAUGCGUCGGUUUGGCGAUAUUCAGAAGAAAUCCAGACUUGACGUUUUAUGCGGCGCCGACGUUGAUCGUCUGUAUUUUCGCUUUCUUCAUUGCUCAUUGUAUCCUGUCAUUAUACGAGAUGGUGCUGGACACGGUAUAUUUAUGCAUGUGUCAAAGCGGAGACGCCCCCGACGGCAUAAGGAUGCAAAAUCUAGGAAUCAACACUAACGGAAAUCGAACAAUGCCAGAAGAAGUAGCGUUGGAAUAAAAACGAAAUUGAAAGAAGAAUUUCGUUAAAAUGGCGCCGGCGAAACAAUUGCUUAUUUGCUGUUUAGAAGGAAUGGAAGGAAUCGUAAAUGACAUACCUACUUACUCUAGUUCCAGGCGGGACGUAAUUUUUCGGUAAAAAAAAUUGAAUCGGUGGUGAUUUUUUUAAAUUUGUAUGGCUGUCAGAAAUAAUCUAAAAAUGUGAUUAGUAAUCGAUUAUUAAUCGAUUGAUAAUCGUUUAAUAAUUGAAUAAUAUUCGAUUGUUAAUUGAUAUUUAAUUUGAUUGAUUACUUCAUUACUUGAUUGAUUAAUUGAUUAAUUGUUAAUGGAUGGUUAAUCAAUUAUCAAUCGAUUUUUAAUCGACUGUUAAUUGAUUAUUAAUUUAUGAAAAUUCAUAUAACGGUUAACGGAAUACUCGAUCUCUCGAUUAAUUGAAUCAUCGAAAAAAAAAAUCUAAAAUAAAAAUCGAUUAUUUUCAAUUAAUAGUUAACGCCCGUAUGCACCGUACACGUUUAAUCCAGAUCAAGUGUUUAAUCGCGUUUAGUACCAUAGGUGAAUAUGGUACUAAAC